GCCGGAACAAGACAAACUCUGACGUGACAAGAUGGCGGCGCGAAUUUCAAAUGUUUUUCACGAAGAUCUGAAAUAUUCACAAAAAUCUCUCUCAAAUCUCUCGAAAACCUCACCAAACAUCUCAAAAGUCUCUCCAAACUCCCCAAACCUCCUCCUCCGGCAGCAGCACACCGCGGACCUCAUCCCCCGAGAGCCGUGAGCCAUGAGCGGGACCAGACCCAGGACCAACCGCCUCCGCCGGAGCGUCAGACCGAGCCAAGCCGCCGAGAGGAGCCCCUCCGCCGGGGACGAGCCCGGGCAGACCCCGAGGACGCACGAGCAUCAGACUCCGGUCCGCUCCAGACUCAGCGCUGACUCCCCCCAAAACGAGUCCUUCAACGCUGACCUCCACCAGGACAUCGUCUGGGACACCACCUCCCCCUCCCCACACAGGCUCGGUAAACGUGGGCGCAGAGUUGGGCCAGUGACCAUCUCAGACAUUGUGAACCGCAUCGCUCCAGAGAGCGGUCGUCCUCGCAUCCUGGAGCCCACUCUGCAGCAGUGGAUUGGAGACAGCGCCACCAUCCCCUGCACCCCGGAACUACAGGCUCCCAAAGCCAAGAAAAAGUCCCCCAGGCCGAGGGGAGUGGACGAUCUGCUGAGACUGGCCAAACAGUUUGAUUUUAACAUGCUCCACGAGACCCACGAAUACCAGGACCCAGACUCGGACCCCACCCAGAACCCGGCCCAGAACACGGUCCAUCCACCAGACCCGAUCCAGAACCCGGCUCCGGACUGGGCCUCGGAUGAAGACCUGGACCUGCUGUUUGACGGGUCGACACAGGACGUCAGUGGAGUUUUCAGUCAGGACUUUCUGAUUCCAAACGUGACCCAAAACUGCCACUCGAGCCUUUUAAACGAUUUCCAAAGUAAAUCCACUGUGAGCCCUUCAGACACAAAACAUGUGCUCAGGAAAAGUCAACAAAGUUCAUCUAAUUUGGAAAAAGAACCGUUUUCUCCGAGACAUGAACCAAAUCCCACCAAGAAACUCUCCCAAAACUUCACAAAAAUGUCAAAUCACUGCACUCCAAAAUCGGAAAAACAACAUUCUAACAAAAUCUUCAAAUUCAAGUCUUUGACAAACAGCAAAUCCGAUGAGAUUUCACCCCAGAACGUGCGUCUCGUUCAGAAUUGUGACUUUGAUGACUGGGGAGAUGAUGAUUUGAUGGAGGAUUCGCUUCUGAUGGAAAUGACCCAGAAUCCGUUUGGUUUUUCAUCGCCAAAAUCCACAUCGACGCAGAGAAACUACGGGAAAACGGAUGGACCGAGGCAGACGUUUGCUCUGAAUCAUAAUUUUAGUAAAACGUCAGAAAAAACACUGUCAGAUUGUAACGUGGGAAAAACGGAAUCAACAGGAAAGUUUCAAUGGAAAAAUUCAAAUGUCAUUUACCUAAAGUCAAAUAAUUCAACAAUGCAACAAAAUGUGACUUCAAAAACUCUUCAGGAAAAUUCUGAUCUCAAUAUUAGUUCAAAAUGGACUGAUGCAAAACAGCCAGCGGGUUUUUCAACUUCACAGAACGACUGUAGCUCAAAACAUUCUCAGAAUUUGUCCAAGAAUUCUGCCCAAGUCUGUCAAAACAACAUGAAGUCAUUUAACACUUCUGAGAGCACUUCAACCGCAAAAAGAAGUGAUUCAGAAACAAGCCACAGUUCAGAGAAUAUGUGGAGAUGGACCGGGCCGACAGCAGAGCGCAGCCCACGUCAGGGUCCAACAGAUUUCAGCAAAACGUCUCACGGUUUCCAUAGCAACAGUACAAUAAAAAGUAACUCAAAUUCUGUCUUAAAAAAUGGACAAGACAUGAGAGAGACAGAGAGGACUCCCUCAAAUCCAGGUGGUGGGUUUGUGGACGAUGAUCUGGACUCCAUUUUCUCAUCUGACCCGAUUUGGGACAGUCCCAAAGACGAUGAUCUUCUGUGUGAACUGUGUGAGGUCGUGGAAAGCCAGAUACAAAAUGCAGCCAAUCAGAGCCAGAGGGCGGGGCAGACAGCCGAUCAGAGCCAGAGGGCGGGGCAGACAGCCGAUCAGAGCCAGAGGGCGGGGCAGACAGCCGAUCAGAGCCAGAGGGCGGGGCAGACAGCCGAUCAGAGCCAGAGGGCGGGGCAGACAGCCGAUCAGAGCCAGAGGGCGGGGCAGACAGCCGAUCAGAGCCAGAGGGCGGGGCAGACAGCCGAUCAGACGGAGAGGUUUGGACAGGAGAGUGAUCAAAUGCAGGAGGUGGGACAAUGGGUCAGUCAGGUGAACAGCACCAGACUGGGGACCAACCAGGUUCCUGGGUUUGGCUCAACAACCAAUCAGAUGCUGCGGAGAGCGCACGGCGGCACUCAGGAGGCUUUGGUUGACCAGAUGUCCAGUCAAAUCCCGCAGAUAAGACGGGGAGCCAAUCAGAAACAGAGAGCAGGACAGUGGACCAAUCAGACGCAGCGGACCGGACCAGAAGCCAAUCAGAUGUGGAGCAGGUCUGGAGUGCUGCAGCAGACCCAGAACUUCACCUUCAAGAGACCUGCCCCACUGCCCCUCUGUGGGCCACCAGGUGCGACUAAAUGUUCAGCUGCAGAGAUCGAGUUAAAGAAGCAACAGGCUCUGGAGCGGAGACGACAGCGUCUACAGGCCUCCAGCAACCGACCAAUCAGCAGCUAGCGCCGAGGAAACCAGCCAAUCAGCAGUCAGUGCAAAGAAAAUUGGCCAGUCAGCAGCCAGUACACGGGAAACUGACCAAUCAGCAACAUCUCAGAACUGAUGUGAGUUUGAGGAGGAAACUCGUGUACGAAUAAGUCGAGAUGUGUCGUUGGUGUUUUUAGGGGCAAACAUAGUUGACAAUAUAACUAAAUUUUACAAAACAAUAAAAGGUAACGCGGUGAUCUAAAUAUGUUAUGUGUUAGCAGCUGAUACUCCAGAGAAUUUACCCCAGAAAACCUUUGUGUCCUAAUCUCUAAAAUAACAAGUAAAUAAAUAAAAAGCUUUUC